CCUCGCCAACGAGUUGCUAGGGGCAACGUCAACAACCCACCAGUCCGUUAAAGUGUAUCGGUUGCGAGAGAUUUCAGAAAGAAAAAUCUUGAAAUUAUGCAAGCAAAACCAACGACAAUUAAAGAGGCUCUUAAAAAAUGGGAGGAAAAAACUGGACAAGAUUCGACCCAAGCGACGGAUAUAGGAAUGCAAUUUCAGUGGCUACCAAUCGAAAAAAUGGACAACACGCUGGGUACUUUGGUUAAGUGCGAAAAACUGUCGCUGUCCACAAAUAUGAUAGAAAAAAUCUCUGGUUUAAGUGGUAUGAAAAAUCUUAAAAUUUUAUCGCUUGGACGAAACUACAUUAAAGCAUUCACAGGACUGGAACCAGUAGGAGACACACUGGAAGAACUAUGGAUAUCAUACAAUUUGAUCGACAAAGUGAAAGGUGUCGCUGCUUUGCGGAAAUUAAAAGUUCUGCACAUGUCAAACAACUUGGUCAAAGAUUGGGGAGAGGUUGCUAAGCUACAGGAAUGUCCAUCCUUGAUAGACUUGUUAUUUGUUGGAAACCCGAUAUGUGAAAAUUUGGAUGAAGGUGUGUGGAGGACAGAGUGUACCAAACGUCUGCCUAAUUUAAAAAAACUGGACGGGGAAACUGUAUUAACUGAUUAUUACAUCUGAAUAAUUUUCCAAAUUGAUUAAUUUAUUCCUGCUAAGGAAAAACAUGAUUUUUGAAUUUUAUAUGCUCAAGGGGUUAAAAAUGAACAAUCAAGGAUGUAGACACACAGAUGGUUCUUUCUUUUAUUUGCAUAUUUUUAAAAAUAAAAGUAGACAGUUGUACUGAGCCAUUGUGCACAAGAACACUUUAUAAGUGUCAACAAUGAAGACAUAAAUAAAAUAGAUAUAAACCUUAAA